AUGAUUAAAAGUUGGUUAAGGUGGAGGAAAGCGAAAAAAGUAGCGGAAGAUGAAACUUGCGGAAUCUCCGGAAAAGAUACCCAAUGUGAUUACCAACUCAACGCUACAGCAGCCUACCACACAUCCACUCGACCGCAGCCAUAUCAUGGUCCACGUUCAUGUCCCGCUGAUCUAAGUAUUAAUCAAUGUAAUGCCUGCAGUGUUGUUCCGGAUCGCUCCCUACAUUCAGAUAUAAUCAUUCCCGGCGGAAUGGUUCAUCGACGUCGUCGACAGCAGCAUCGUUUCCGACGUCUUAAUGCAUCCACUUCUGAAUACGGCAGUGGUGAUCCAUCACCAACAACUUUGCAUAACACAUACAAUCGUAAUUUGGAUGAUUCAGAUUCCUGUUCAGAUUCUUGGACAGCGGAAUAUGAACGGGCACAACACAUUAGGGAAAUGGAGUACAGACUUCGGGAGCAGAGAAAGAAGCUAAAAGACUACAAAGGAAGGUUACGAGCUGAAAGAGAUUUGAGGAUCGUUAACGAGAGAAGUAUGAUGGAAGAGGUGGAAAAAUAUAAAUGUGAAUUGAAGAAGGAACAGCGAGAGAGAAAAGCAACCGAACAACGAUAUAUCGACAUCAUCGCUUAUAUGAAAACUAAACUUUCGCUUUUGGAACAACAACAACCAAUGGGACAGCGAUGUCUGCCGCCAUCACUACCAUAUCCCGGUGACUCAAUCAUUAAUCUGCAGAAUGGUACGACACAAAUCGGUAGUGCCGGUGAAUUGCCAUAUACUUUGCAAGCAAAUGCUCCAUCGUCAAUUUUACGGAAAAUCAGUUUCAAGCAAGAAUUAGAUGAAACGAAGAAUUUCCGAGCUGAAGAGAUAUACGGUGACUUGGAAACUAUGAGAAGUAGUGAAAAUACCGCUACGACAGGCACAGAGCAAUCCGACCGAAAUCGCCGAUCAACAACACUGCUUAGAGAAUACGAUUCCGACAACGAUGACAAUGGCUAUGUGACCACAUUUGAGUACCCCGUGAAAAGCACAUAA